AUGAUUCUCUCACUGCUGAUUCUGCCUCUCCUUGCCGGGAUCGCUCAAGCCUCACCUGAGGAGCUUGAGCAGAAUCUGGCUUACAGAUCACCUUAUGUGUCUCAUCCGGCAUUAGGUAUCGAUACAAGACAGGUCUACAAGCGACACCUCGAAGCUUCUGCUGAAGUCCGAAGCGAUCUCAAGAAAAGGCAAGAACAAACCGACAUCCCCAGCGGAGAAGAUAGUGAAUACCCUCAACCAGGAUACGGCCUAGGCGUCACUGAUUGGAGUAACUCCAAUUACAUUUAUGCUGGAGAUCUAAACUUUACCCAUAGCGUUGCUUCCGGUGACCCUUAUGAUUACUCUGUAAUCCUUUGGACUCGAGCUUAUCCAGCUUCCACUUAUCGAGUCGACAUUCCUCAGUGUGAGGUACAAAGAUGGUCUCUCACCGGCGCUGAUGUCGAUUGGACCGUCAAGGUUGAGGCAACUGGCCUUUCAGCUAGCACUUUGUACUCGUACCAGUUCGAAAACUGUGCUAAACCUGACAACAAAAGUCCUAUUGGAAAAACUAGAACUGCACCUGGCAAGAUGGCCACUGACGUACCUACCCAACGAUUCGCCAUUUACUCUUGCUCCAACUACCCCAAUGGUUUCUUCUCCGCAUAUUCUGGACCGGUUGUACAUGAAGAUGCGGAUUAUGUUGUUCAUCUUGGUGAUUACAUUUACGAAUCUGGUACAGGUGGAGCUGCUAUUGGUCGUGUUCCUUCAAAAGGUGCCGAAUUAGCCAGUCUAGACGACUAUCGAAGAAGGUAUGAUGAACACAGGACCGAUGUUGAUCUUUUAUCAAUGCAUCAAAAUAUCCCUAUCAUAGCGAUAUGGGAUGAUCAUGAAACUGCAAAUAACGAUUGGAAAGCUGGUUCUUCCGAUUCAAACGAUUCUAUUUCAACUGGAGGAUGUGCUUAUUCCAAUGGAACUGUUUGUUUCUCAGAUAGGGCUAUGCAUGCCAAGAGAGCCUAUUUCGAAUGGCUACCCAUUAGACAGGUCGAUUUAGGAGAUCAAGCUAGGAUUUGGAGAGAUUUCAGAUUCGGUGAUUUACUUGAUAUCUACGCUUUAGAUACAAGAAAAUAUGAUCGUGAUAUCACAGAUCUAAGCUAUAACACUGAUUACGUAGCCACUCUGGCUCAAGAUCUGGAUAGCUCGCGAAGUAUGGUUGGUCCUCAACAAGAAAAAUGGAUAGAAGAUGGUUUGAAAGCUAGUCAAGAUAGAGGUACCGUUUGGAAACUCAUUUGGAAUCAGGUUAUUCUUGGAAGCCAAACCCCUGAUCAGGCAACAUUCACCAUCAAUUACGAUGCUUGGGAUGGAUACCAGGGAAACCGACAACGAUUGCUCCAACACAUCUACGAUCAAUCCAUUGACAAUGUAGCAGUCUUUACUGGUGACACGCAUGCCACCUGGUUAUUCGAGAACAAUAUCCAAGCUACCCUUCAGGGAUCCGAUGACAUUACUACUUUAGCAGCGAGUGAAGCGACUACCUAUGAUCAUCAACGGGGAACUGUGGUCGAGUUCGGAGGAACCGCCGUCUCGUCAAGCGGGUGGGGUAAUAGCUGGGGAAGUUACGAGAACAGUACCGUAGCAGCAAAGAGGAUGGUAGAAAACAAUCCUACUCUCUUGUAUUCCAAAGGUUACCACCGAGGUUACAUGACCGUUAGUGUUAACUACACCCAUCUCGAAACCUACUGGUAUAGUUAUCCAGGAAAUCAACAAGCCCGUGUACCGAACAACCGAACUUUGGCCAUGCGAGCUACUAUGGAAGCGGGUAUGAAUCAUGUCCAACGACCUUUGAUGACGCCAACUUUUGGUGCUAUCAAACCGGGAUUUUGA